AUGGAAGAGGUCAUUGCCGGGCUGCAAGGGUUCACGUUCACCUUUGAGCAGGAUGUGGAGCUGCAGAGGGGCACUGGGCUCCUGCCUUUCCAGGGCAUGGACAAGUCCAGUUCGGCUGUGUGCAACUUCUUUGCUAAAGGGCUCUGUGUGAAAGGGAUGCUGUGCCCCCUUCGGCACGAGCAGGGCGAGAAGAUGGUGGUGUGCAAACACUGGCUUCGAGGCCUCUGCCGGAAGAGUGACUGCUGCAACUUCCUGCACCAGUAUGACGUCAGCAGGAUGCCGGUGUGCUACUUCCACUCAAAGUUCGGUAAUUGUAACAACAAGGAAUGCCCCUUCCUCCACUUGAAGCCAGUUCCUAAGCUCCAGGACUGCCCUUGGUAUGACCAAGGGUUCUGCAAGGAAGGUCCCCUGUGUAAAUACCGCCAUGUGCAUCAAGUCCUGUGUCCCAACUACUUCAUUGGCUUCUGCCCCAAGGGACCUAAGUGCCAAUUUGGGCAGGAGGUCCAGAAGUUCAAAGUCGUCCUUGGCUAUAGAGAGAGGCAAGCCUCUGUUACCUGAGACCUGGUUUCAAAAAGAAAAUAUGAUCAUACCAGAAUUCGAGGUAAGAGGGCAGAACCCUUUAUUUUCUUGUCUGAUUGGACCUUUGAAAGCCCAGAACCACCUUCUCUGAAAUAUGGGAGGCGAACGAGCUUCUCUUUUGGGUCCAGAUCUUGUUA